GACUCCCGCGCGCGCUCGGCGGGUCCCAGUCCCCGAGAGAAGAAGCGGAGGAGGGAGCGAGCCGGCGAGGCGGCCCAGGGGAGCGGGCGCGAGUGGCGGCUGCCGGGGCCGCGUGUGCACGGGCAGCGGCGAGGCCAGGCGAGGCGACGGUGGCGGUCGCCCGAGCGGCGGGAGCCGGGGCGGCGCGGAAUCCGCAUCCGCCGCGAGUGUGAUGAAGCUGCCCUGUCUCGCUGCUCCGCUCGCCGCCAGCUGACACCGCCCGCACCCAGCCCGCCCGGGAGGGGAGACGCCGCGAGGCCGUGACCUUGGCGGAGGAGGGCAGACUGAUAAUUCUUGUAUCUGAGAGUGGACCAAGUUUUGGGUGACAUGGCGCAGGGGAAUAAUUAUGGGCAGACCAGCAACGGGGUGGCCGAUGAAUCACCCAACAUGCUGGUGUACAGAAAGAUGGAAGACGUCAUAGCACGUAUGCAAGAUGAAAAAAAUGGAAUUCCUAUUCGUACGGUCAAAAGCUUUCUUUCCAAGAUACCUAGCGUCUUCUCUGGUUCAGACAUUGUUCAAUGGUUGAUAAAGAACUUAACUAUAGAAGAUCCAGUGGAGGCGCUCCAUUUGGGAACGUUAAUGGCUGCCCAUGGUUACUUCUUCCCAAUCUCAGAUCACGUCCUCACACUCAAGGAUGAUGGCACCUUUUACCGGUUUCAAACACCCUAUUUUUGGCCAUCAAAUUGUUGGGAGCCGGAAAACACAGAUUAUGCUGUUUACCUCUGCAAGAGAACAAUGCAAAACAAGGCACGACUGGAGCUCGCAGACUAUGAGGCUGAGAGCCUGGCCAGGCUGCAGAGAGCCUUUGCCCGGAAGUGGGAGUUCAUUUUCAUGCAAGCAGAAGCGCAAGCAAAGGUGGACAAGAAGAGAGACAAGAUUGAAAGGAAGAUCCUUGACAGCCAAGAGAGAGCAUUCUGGGACGUGCACAGGCCUGUGCCUGGAUGUGUAAAUACUACUGAAGUGGACAUUAAGAAGUCAUCCAGAAUGAGAAACCCCCACAAAACACGGAAGUCUGUCUAUGGUUUACAAAAUGAUAUUAGAAGCCACAGCCCUACCCACACACCCACACCAGAGACUAAACCUCCAACAGAAGAUGAGUUACAGCAACAGAUAAAAUACUGGCAAAUACAGUUAGAUAGACAUCGGUUAAAAAUGUCAAAAGUCGCUGACAGUCUACUAAGUUACACGGAACAGUAUUUGGAAUACGACCCGUUUCUUUUGCCUCCUGACCCUUCUAACCCAUGGCUGUCUGAUGAUACCACUUUCUGGGAGCUUGAAGCGAGUAGAUUCUGGCUGGCAGUGGAGGACCUGAAAAAAAGGCCUAUUAAAGAAGUGCCCUCAAGAGUUCAGGAAAUAUGGCAAGAAUUUCUGGCUCCGGGAGCCCCCAGUGCCAUUAACUUGGAUUCAAAGAGUUAUGACAAAACCACACAGAACGUGAAGGAACCUGGACGAUACACGUUUGAAGAUGCUCAGGAGCACAUUUACAAACUGAUGAAAAGUGAUUCAUACCCACGUUUUAUAAGAUCCAGUGCCUAUCAGGAGCUUCUACAGGCAAAGAAAAAGGGCAGAAACAUCCCUAUUUUCCCAUGCCAUAAAAACUGUACACCAACACUGAGGGCCAGCACUAACCUGUUAUGAAAAGAGGGGAAAUCUCUCACGUCAAAGAGGUUAACAAGCCUUGUUCAGUCUUACUAAACGGAUCAUCUUGUAGCAUGGAUGCAGACUGGAAUCAUUGCACAUACUUUGUAGCUCGCUGUUGUGACCUGGAGCAGAGGACAUUAGACCAAGAUGUUGCAUGAGCAAAGGACCUAAAUUGUUAUUUUUGUGUGUACAUUCCAUCUCCAGUGGACUCUUUACCAUCUCGAUGCCUCCAUUCCAAACCGUUGUCUGCUUUCUUUCUCCUCCUACUAUGCUGGAUCUGUGUUUUUUCCUUUUUAACAAGUUCAAGUGAAGUAAAACCUU